AAUGGAUGGGAGAUCCCCAGCAACUUCGAUAUGGGUUGCUCAAACUCUGUGUGAUAGGUCCCGCCCCCUGCGGCCGGCUUCCGGCGGAAGUGGGGGUGACGCGACAGAAUCGACAGCCAUGGAGGAGCUCGGCUUGGCGGUGGAGCGGCCGGCGGACGAGAUUCCGGCGCUGAUGACGUCCAGACCACACACGGCUCUGUCCUUCCUGGCUCCAGAGCCGGAGGACUUGGAGGACCUGUAUAGUCGGUACAAGAAACUGCAGCAGGAACUGGAGUUCCUGGAGGUGCAGGAGGAGUAUAUCAAGGACGAGCAGAAGAACCUGAAGAAGGAAUUCCUCCACGCCCAGGAAGAGGUGAAGCGCAUCCAGAGCAUCCCGCUGGUCAUCGGGCAGUUCCUGGAGGCGGUCGAUCAGAACACGGCUAUCGUGGGCUCCACCACAGGCUCCAACUACUACGUCCGGAUCCUCAGCACCAUUGACCGGGAGCUGCUGAAGCCCAAUGCCUCGGUGGCCCUGCACAAGCACAGCAACGCCCUGGUCGACGUUCUGCCCCCCGAAGCUGACAGCAGCAUCAUGAUGCUCACCUCAGAUCAGAAGCCGGAUGUCCUCUAUUCGGACAUAGGAGGGAUGGACAUCCAGAAGCAGGAGGUGAGGGAAGCUGUCGAGCUCCCCCUCACUCACUUUGAGCUCUACAAGCAGAUCGGGAUCGACCCUCCUCGGGGAGUGCUGAUGUACGGCCCUCCUGGUUGUGGGAAGACCAUGUUGGCCAAGGCUGUUGCCCACCACACCACAGCCGCCUUCAUCCGCGUGGUGGGCUCCGAGUUUGUCCAGAAGUACCUGGGCGAAGGUCCCAGGAUGGUCCGGGACGUGUUCCGGCUGGCCAAAGAGAACGCGCCUGCCAUCAUCUUCAUUGACGAGAUCGACGCUAUUGCCACUAAACGCUUCGAUGCACAGACAGGAGCGGACAGGGAGGUGCAGAGGAUCUUGCUGGAGCUUCUCAACCAGAUGGACGGGUUCGACCAGAAUGUCAAUGUGAAGGUCAUCAUGGCGACGAACCGCGCAGACACUCUCGAUCCCGCCCUCCUCCGCCCGGGACGCCUGGACCGUAAGAUCGAGUUCCCCUUGCCCGACCGGAGGCAGAAGAGGUUGAUCUUCACCACCAUCACCAGCAAGAUGAACUUGUCGGAGGAGGUGGAUUUGGAGGACUACAUCGCGCGCCCGGACAAGAUCUCUGGUGCCGACAUUAACUCCAUCUGCCAAGAGGCAGGGAUGUUGGCCGUGCGAGAGAACCGAUACAUUGUGCUGGCCAAGGACUUCGAGAAGGCGUACAAGACCGUUAUUAAGAAAGACGAGCAGGAACACGAGUUCUACAAGUGAGGGGUGGGGUGGGACCCUGCCCCCACCACCUACCUUCUCCCGGGACGUCCCUGGGACAAGCCCGCCCCCUCCCUUUCAUGGAAUGUUUUGUUGUUUGGUUGGAUUGAGACUCAAUAAAGUCUACUUGAUGUG